AUGGCUUUGACUGAGCUGUGUCGCUAUCCUGUCCUGAUAUUUGUGGUUUUUGUCUGCGGCCUGAGCGGGCCAUUUCAUUACGGGUAUAACAUAUCCGUGAUGAAUUCCCCCUCCAAAUUCAUCAAGGCCCUGAUAAAUGACACACUUCUGGAGAGAUACAACACCACCCAUGACAAUUCGAAGGUCGACAGCAUUUGGUCCGCUACUGUGUCUCUGUUCAGCCUGGGAGGGGCAGUGGGGUCAGUGGCAGCUGGUUUCCUGCUUUCACAUUUGGGCAGGAAGAAAUGCAUGUUGUUGAACGCCAUUUUGGUCAUGGCUGCCGCCAUCCUGAUGCUCACCAGCAAGUCUGCCGGGUCUUUCGAGAUGAUCAUGAUCGGACGCUUUCUUUACGGCAUGAAUGCAGCGAUCGGUGUUGCGGCUCACACCUUGUAUAUGACUGAGUGUGCUCCAAAACACCUGAAAGGAACCGUGAGUCAGACCAUCAUCAACUUCACGUGCCUCGGGAGAGUCUGCGGUAUGCUGCUGGGGCUCAGUGAGUUACUCGGUAACGAAGAUUACUGGGUUUUCCUGCUCGGCUUCAUUAUCAUCACCGCCUUCUUGCUGCUCGUCAGUCUGGCAUUUCUGCCCGAGUCCCCCAGCUUCUUGCUGCUUAACAGAGGAGACCGACUGGAGUGCGAGAGAGCUCUCAAGAAGCUGUGGGGAGACGGAGACCACAGCGGUGCGAUGGAGGAGAUGCUGCAGGAGAAAGCCGCCUUGGAGACUGCUGACACCGUCUCCGUGUGUGGACUGAUGCGGGACAAAAGGGUCUGCUGGCAGCUCAUCACCCUGAUUGUCACCUUCGUCUCGCUGCCGCUCUCUGGUGUCAUUGCUGUGUACUUCUACUCCUUCGAAGUGUUCCGUGCAGCAGGACUCGAGGAAAACCUGUUCCCCUAUCUUGCCUUGGGAAUGAGCACUGUUGAGUUUGUGUCCUCUUUCUUCGCGUUCCCCCUGGCUGCACGCAAAGGCACCAGGUUCCAGCUGAUGUUGGGCUACGGCAUCAUGGCUGGAACCCUGGUUUGCCUCACCAUUAGUCUGGCUCUGCAGUCGUACACCACUUGGAUGCCGUAUGUCAGCAUUGCCCUCAUCUUCAUCUUCGUCGCCGGCUGUGCGAUGGGACCGGGCGCGGCGACCCCUGCUCUUCCAACGCAGAUCUUCCCCCACGCCUUCAAGUCGGCUGCCCUCAGCCUUGGAUCCUGCGUCGCCUGGCUCGCGUUGUUCACCAUCGGCAUGAGCUUCCCUCACAUGGUGGAGAAGAUACAUCACUAUUGCUUCCUCAUCUUCCUGGUCGUCUGCGUCUUGUGCGGGCUGUUUGUGACGUUCAAAUUUCCCGACAUCAAGAACCAUGGCGCGCGUCAGGUCGCUGUGGCCUUCGAGAUGAGAAACGGGGCUGUGGUUGCGGUUGCCCCAGAAAAUGACACCAAGGAAAGCAAUGGGCAGGUUGAAAGUCAGGAGCAGGAUGAAAAUGAUGAAAUGGACACUGUAAUGUAA